UUGCGAUAGAUGCUCGCCCCGCCCGCCCAUGGGAAGCAACAAAGAUACCGUUCGAGAGCGAGGCGAGACAUGUAUAUAGCUAGCUGCCUGCCUCACAACCUUGCGUGUUGCAUAGUGUGCAAGCGCAGCUCGAUCGGUGCGCAAGACAAAACCGCCACAACCAUGGGCAAGCAGGCAACAUCGUGCGUCGGCUGUGGCGCCGUCCACCUCGCCGUCCUGUUGCUCAGUUUGGCGCGCCCGUGCCACUCCUCGCUCUACCGCCCGCCGCCGCCGUCCGCCAUGGUCUACCACGCCGGCGAGGUGCUCGACGGCGCCGUGCCGGUCUCCGUCCUCUACUACGGCGCCUUCUCGCCACACCAGAAGGCCGUCAUCGCCGACUUCCUGCUCUCCCUCUCCCCGCGCGGCCGCCAGCCGCAGCGCCACGGAUUUGGGACGCCAGGACCCGCGCCUGCGCCGUCGGUGGCCCGCUGGUGGGAGACGGUGGACCGGUACGCGCGCAAGGCCGGCCGGGAGCCGCCGCGGGUGCUUCUGGCCAACCAGGUGCACGACGAGGCGUGCUCGCUGGGGAAGACGCUGUCCAGGGUCCAGGUCGAGCGGCUGGCGGCGCGGCUCGGCGUCGCGCCAGGAGGCGUGGCCGUCGUGCUCACUGCCGCCGACGUCGCCGUCGAGGGACAAUGCAGCAGCGCGUGCGGGACGCACGGGGCCUCCGCGCCUGGGGGAGCCGCGCACGUGUGGGUGGGCGACGCCGCCGUUCAGUGCCCGGGGCGGUGCGCGUGGCCAUUCCACCCGGCCGAGGGCUUCGCAUACGGCGCCAGGCAUGUGCCCGGGCGCGGCCGCGGCGAGACGCUGGCCGCGCCAAACGGCGACGUCGGUGUGGACGGCAUGCUGAUCAACCUCGCGGCGCUGCUGGCGGGCGCGGUCACCAACCCAUAUGGGCACGGAUACUUCCAGGGCGACCCCGGCGCACCCGUGGAGGUGGCGGCUGCAUGCCCCGGCGUCUACGGCCGCGGCGCGUACCCGGGGUACCCCGGCGCUGUCAGGCUUGACACGGCUACCGGAGCUGGGUACAACGUGGUCGGCCGGAACGGCAGGAAGUAUCUCGUGCCGGCGCUGGUCGAUCCCGACACCAACUCUUGUAUCAUCAUGACCUAAUGGAGUCAUCAGCUGAUGACGAGGCUCGUCUGAUCUGCACUCGCUUGUGACAUGAGAGCCAUUAGGAGUUGGGGCAACCUAUGCUUGCUUGUUAAUUGUUAUUAUGCCAGGGUACAUACGAUCUAGGCGCUGAAUGACAUUAAUUUGUCUUAUAUAGGUAAACCACCACCAUAUUUUAGUGGUAUUUACAAUUUAAAAAGUUAUGUUUCUAAUACAGAUCUAAUUAAACGA